GUCAAAAAACGGGGACCUGAACCAGCGACCCAUCAGCUACCGGCCCAAGCCCCCGACCGCCAGGCCACCGGCACAAGCCCCCGACCGCCAGGCUACCGGCACAAGCCCCCGACCGCCAGGCUACCGGCCCAAGCCCCCGACCGCCAGGCUACCGGCCCAAGCCCCCGACCGCCAGGCCACUGGCCCAAGCCCCCGACCGCCAGGCCACCGGCCCAAGCCCCCGACCGCCAGGCCACCGGCCCAAGCCCCCGACCGCCAGGCCACCGGCCCAAGCCCCCGACCGCCAGGCCACCGGCCCAAGCCCCGACCCCCAGGCUACCGCCGGCCCAAGCCCCCGACCGCCAGGCCACCGGCCCAAGCCCCCGACCGCCAGGCUACCGGCCCAAGCCCCCGACCGCCAGGCUACCGGCACAAGCCCCCGACCGCCAGGCUACCGGCCCAAGCCCCCGACCGCCAGGCCACCGGCCCAUGCCCCGACCGCCAGGCCACCGGCCCAAGCCCCCGACCGCCAGGCCACCGGCCCAUGCCCCCGACCACCAGGCCACCGGCCCAAGCCCCCGACCGCCAGGCCACCGGCCCUCCAAGAAGUCCUGUCAGUGUGCAUAAAGAUGGCGUCGACCUGAGAAGGCAGCAUCGCCACUAG